UUUGCUUUAACGCACAAGAGGUAGAACGAAUACUCGUGCAUCUUCGUUAUAUUCGAAGGAAAUUUGUCGUGAAACCCAAAUUGCAACGAAGUCUCAUCAUUAGUAAAAGCGUAUUAAGCCUAAAGCUAAGUGUAUAUCUACAUGUUGAAGAUAUUGUGAUAUUUUCCCUUCUACUUUUUCGUUUUCUACUAUUCAAUGAUCCUUUCUCACCAACACAAUGUUCAUCAUAUUUAAUUAAUCCGUGUUCUAAAGGGAAUAUUCAGAUAGUUCAACUGCAUAUUUUAUUAGUCACUUCCUGCGUCUUCUUCAGUCAUUCUCUAAAUUUCCGGCAUGGGAUCUUUUUGGUGCCCCUUUUACACUCUUUCACACUUUGUUGUCAAUUAUCAUAUUUCCCUAUAAGCUUUCUUCUGUUCUAUCACCCUCACACUGAUCCUACUUCUUCUUUUGAGAAAGGCUCAUCUCAAUUACAAUUAGUAUCACUAUAUUCUUCUAGCUAUAAUUCCUUGUCUAAACCAAGAGAAAUGCAUCACAAAAUGGUUUCACAUUCAAUAAUGCUAGUUCAGUAGUUUCAUUGUGAGAUUCAGCAUUUCAGCUGUUUGAUUUGUUCUUCUCUACACUACUUUUGUUGAGGAAUCAAAUAUAGUAUAAGUGGAUUUACAACACUCACACGCUGCCAAUGAGCUGGAUCCCCUUGGUAUUAAUGCUAGUUUCACUGUGAGAUUCAGCUGUUUGAUUUGUUCUUCUCAACUACUUUUGUUGAGGUUGUUACUUGUGAAAAGAGUGCUUCAAACCUUCACAAUGCCAAAUACAUAUUUCCCACUAAGGUGGGAGAGCACUGGGGACCAAUGGUGGUAUGCAUCACCAAUAGAUUGUGCUGCUGCAAAUGGCCACUAUGACUUGGUUCGUGAGCUGCUAAGAAUUGACAACAACCACCUUUUCAAGCUCACUUCCCUUCGCCGAAUUCGCCGCCUCGAAGUCGUGUGGGACGGUGAAGAAGAACAACAGUUCAGUGAUGUUGCAAAGUGCCGCUCUCAGGUGGCACAGAAGCUGCUUCUUGAGUGUGAGUCCAAGAGAGGGAGCAGCAGCAGCAGCAAGAACUCUCUCAUCCGUGCAGGGUAUGGAGGGUGGCUAAUGUACACUGCUGCAUCAGCUGGGGACUUGAGUUUUGUGCAGCUACUUCUUGAGAGGAAUCCUUUGUUGGUGUUUGGAGAAGGAGAAUAUAAUGUCACUGACAUCUUUUAUGCUGCUUCAAGGGGCAGGAAUUGUGAGGUUUUUAGGCUGGUUUUUGAUUUUGCAGUUUCUCCAAGGUUUAUCACUGGCAAAGGUGGGGUUUUGGAGGAGCACGUUGGUGGGGAUGUUCCUCCUGUUUACAAGUGGGAGAUGAGUAAUAGGGCUGUUCAUGCUGCUGCUAGAGGGGGUAGUGUGGAGAUUUUGGUGGAGUAUCUUGCUAAUUGCUCUGAUGUUUUGGCUUAUAGAGAUGCUCAGGGAUCUACUCUCUUGCAUUCUGCUGCUGGCAGAGGGCAGGUUGAGGUGGUCAAAUAUCUCACAUCAUCCUUUGAUAUAAUAAACUCCACAGAUCAUCAGGGAAACACUGCUUUGCAUGUUGCUGCUUACAGGGGCCAAUUAGCUGCAGUUGAGACUAUAGUUUCUGCAUCUCCUGCAUUGAUUUCUCUGCAAAACAACGCAGGAGAAACUUUCCUCCAUAAGGCCGUGUCUGGUUUUCAGUCUACCUCAUUCAGAAGAUUGGACAGACAGGUUGAGCUUUUGAGGCAGUUAGUAAGUGGCAAAAAAUUUCACAUAGAGGAAGUCAUCAAUGCAAAGAACACUGAUGGAAGAACUGCACUCCACAUUGCCACAAUAGGGAAAAUUCACACUGAUCUUGUUAAGCUCCUGAUGACUGCUCCAUCAAUAAAUGUGAAUGUGAGUGAUGCUAAUGGCAUGACCCCACUUGAUUACCUUAAGCAAAAUCCCAACCCAGCAGCAUCAAAUGUGCUAAUUAGAAAAUUGAUUGCUGCUGGUGGAAUGUUCCAUCAUCACAGUUCAAGAAAAGCCAUAGCCUCACACAUGAAAAUGCAUAGUAUUGGAGGCAGUCCUGGAACAUCAUUCAGAAUCUCAGACACUCAGAUAUUUUUGUACACAGGAGUUGAGAAUGCAUCAGAUGCAAGCACUGAUCAGGGAAGUGCAGGAAUGAGUUCAACUUCAUCAGAACACACUGCAUAUGACUCAGCAGCAGAGAACAGACCCUCAACAACAAGCAAAAGGCCUUCAGUGGCCGCCGGAUUGAAACGAGUCCUUCAGUGGCCACUGGUGAAGGACAAGAAAUCUGAGGGUAUCAGGAAAUCAAUCGAUGAGGGUUCAUUGGACUCAUGCAGGAAAUGGGACAUCAGUGAUGAAAUUCCAACCCCACUUAGACAAAAAUUCUUUAGGCAUUCAGCACUUCCUAACAACAAAAGGAACCUUUCUGUGAGGAGUUACCAGUCAAGUCCAAAUGCUAAGAAGAGAUUUGCUUCAGGACUGGUACAUGUAAAGGUUUCAAGAAGAUCAAGCUCUAGUUCCUUUUCCAUAUCCUCAUUUUCAUCACCUAGAUCAAUAGAUAAUAAGCAAAAGGGUUUUUGUGUUGACAAUGAUGUUGCUGGACCAUCUUGCUCAAGUCAUAAAAAUGAUAAAUCAACAAAUUCAGGGAAGAGAGCUUCUGUUAGCAAAAAGCUAAGGGGCCAUUAUUUCUGUUUCUCCAAAGCCUCAGUGGACAAGGAGCAAGAAAGCCACUGUUACAAGGAUCAUGAUGUUUUUGUGAGUGGCUUAAUUGGAUGAAUACUUUCUUAUUUCUGAACAGGCAGGCUAUUGUCAAAUACAGAAGAGGAAAAGGUGCCGCAUCAAUGCAAAACUACACUGUAGGGAUUUGAGGGCGUCUAGUGCAUUCAUUGUUUGCAAGUUUUUUUAGAUAGUAAGUGAUGAAUUAAGAUUUGUUCACCCUCAAAUCUACUUGUUAAUUGAAGAUUCCCUUGUUAAAACGUGCUUCUUAUCAUCAUAUUGGCAUCAAAUCAGCGAAGUUUGAUGUGUACAGUUAGAAUUAGUAUUGCACAAGUACUAUGUAUAUUUUGUAUGUUUUUGGGAAUAAGGUGAACUGAAGGUUACGCACUAUAUAAUCUUAGCCUAUGAUAGUGACUACUGAUCA